AUGUCCGCGCAAUUGUCGGACCGCCUGCGUUCUACUUCAAGGUCUGUGCAAAAUCGUACUACUCGAGACAGUCUGAUCGCGUCCAGUCAAACAUCAGAUUCUGUGCACACACUGAUAACAAACCUCGAUGCGUUUUCGCCAAACGAUCUGAAAGCCAUCGCCGACAGAAAGCACAGCAAGAGUGAUGCAUCAAAUACCCGUGUUUAUCAACCAUUAACCACCGAUGUGCAGGUCAGCCGGUCAGAUCAGUUAAAACCUGUUGACAUCAUCAGCUCGACCUUAGGCUUUCAAGAUAUGAACCAUCAAUUUUGGUGGGAUAGGACAGGAAAGCAGCUCGCAGAGCUGCUGCAUCGCGCUGGCUAUACCAAGUCUGCGCAGUAUACCGAGCUUUUGUUCUUUGCAAUCCACAUUGUUCCAGAACUAGGCGCUGCCCCCGACAGGAGCGGCCAUCUACGAUGGCGUACACCUCACACGCCUGACGGAACGCCUCUCGAAUUCAGCUGGGAAUGGGGACUCGAAGGCAAAGGCACCAUCCGCACUGGAUUUGAGCCGAUUGGUCCACUUGCCGGGACAGAUAUCGAUCCUUACAAUCGACAAGAGACUGACGUUUGGAUCAAACAUCUCGAAGUCCAAGUCGACCGUGCAAAAUUGGCGAGGAACGACUUAUUCGAGGUCGCGCCUAUGGGUGGUACUUUCGUCAUGCGAGAUAUUGCCAGAAGUGGACCGAUGGUGAAGGCAUACAUGUACCCUGGCCUCAAGGCCAAAGAACUGAAAAUCUCCAAAUCCGAUGUCGUCUUCCGUGCGAUCAAAGCUCUCCCGGCAGAACAAUACGCCUCUUUGACCUUCGAGCCGCUUCGAGAUUACCUUGAGGAAGCCGCCUGUAAGUGGAACAUGGAGAUCCACAUAUUCUCCUUUGACCUCAUCUCGCCGAAGAACUCAAGGGUCAAGAUCUACACCCGCGCGCCAAAUACAAGUUUGGAGUACCUCAUGGACGCGCUGACUAUUGGAGGGCGCAAUGACCUGUCCAUGUACAGCGAGCAGGUUAUUCAAGAUGUUCAGGACUUCUGGAACACCUUCACUGAUGGGGCGCCGGAAAUACUGCCGCAAGACGGAUCAGCACGUGGCCCGGGCUUCUACUUCACCACGCAAGCCGGCAAAAUUCCGACGCCCAAGGUGUACAUCUCCCCAGGCCCCUUCUGCAAGAACGACAUGGAGGUACUCGCGCGUCUACGCCGCUACUUCUCGACGAGACGAGAUGCUGAGAGGAUGCUACCGCAGAUGGAUAACUAUGAGAUAGCGUUGAAGGCGAUUUACUUCCUCAAAGACUUGGCUACCCACAGUGGAUGUCAGCUGCCCAUCCUUCGGCUGUGA